AUGACAACCUAUCAUGCACAGGCUGCUCUAUUCCUGCAGUUCACCCAUGUGUGCCACUGCUUCACUCAACGUUUCCAGAUCAUUACAGACAAAAUUGCCAAGGAAGUGAAAAACCAAAGUCUGGCUCAAAUGGUACUGGAUGGAUUCGAAAAAUCUUUACCCAGGGUUGAAACCACUACGGGAGAUCCACUUUCUAUAUCAAAGCUGGAGACUUUGACCGAUCUCUACUGGUUACUGUGUGGGGCUGUGAACCACGCCAACAUCUUCUUCUGCAGUCAGCUGUUUAUGAUCACUCUGUCCCUGAUGAUCCACGUCACUGUUCACUUCUACUACUUCAUUAGUGUCGUGGCGUCAACUACAGGGCCACCCCCUCUUAAUCAGGUGGUCACCCUUGGAACGUGGGUCAUCCUUCAGAUAUCUUGCUUGGUUUUCAUGGCGCGGUCUAGUGCGUCUGUAGCUAAUUCACUGGAAACUUUCUUGCUCAAGUUGCUUCAUCAGAACACAAACUUUUCUGCUCUGGGUCUUUUCCAGUUCGGCAACGACAUUUUGAUUUCGAUGGCGAGUUCAAUGGCGACAUAUCUAGUGAUUCUGGUACAGUUCCAAACACCUGCGAUGCUCCUACACUUCAGUCAUCUCUGCACGGUCAUCACGCUGAGGUUCAAGGUUAUCAAUAAUAAGAUCGAGAAAGAGAUUACUAAUAGCAGGGGUGAAAUUGGUCGAAAAAUUAUCAGCAAGACCAAACCGGAUGCAGGAUGUUCUUCAUCCGUCCAACAUUUCAAGUUUUUGACAGACCUCUACUGGCAACUGUGCCUUGCUGUCUAUCAGGCUAAUACCUUCUACAGUAGCCAGCUCCUAGCCGCCAUGUUGUCUGCGUUCUCUCACGCCACGAUAUUUUUAUACUCCAGCCGGCCGAUUCGUAUCCAGAGCAACACGUCACUGAUGGCGGUGUUGCUGGACGAGGCAACACUGAUCAUACUGGCAGUGGCCGUGCUUUCCGGAUCCUCGAGAAACGUCCCCAACUUGGUGGAACUGCACAAAAUUUUGGCCAGAUUUGAUGGGUCUCUCCAGUUGAGCGUAGCACAGUCUAAUGUUCUCUUGAAGGUGGCUGUAGUCGCCGAUUCCACAGUGUUUAUAAUCUGUGACCUAAUCAAUGUGAAGAUGAACCAGACGCUUAAGAAGAGUAUGAAAGAAAUCCUACUCCAGUUACUUCACCGUGAUGCAAGAUUCUCAGCUAUGGGUCUGUUUCAGAUCACUUGUCCUAUCCUCGUUGCAAUGACAGGCUCGGUCACAACUUACCUGGUAAUUAUGAUGCAAUUCCAGACGCAGAUGAACUAA